CUCGCCGCGCUCCAACCCCGGCCCUGGGCGACGCGCCGCUAUAAAAGCGUCGCGCCUCCGCUCCGUCGACACCGUUCGCUCACAGCCUCCUACAGUCCACCGUCUCCGACGCCACAACCAACUCCGACAUCAUGUACAAGCUGGUGAUCCUGCUGUGCGCCGUGGCCGCCGCCCACGCCGGCUACCUGGGAGGCUACGCCGCCCCCGCCCUCGCGGUGGCGCCCGCCCCCGCCGUGGCCGUGGCGCACGCGCCCGCGGUGCCCGUUGCCACCUCCUACGCCAGGAUCCACCAGGUGACCAACUCGGUGCCCGUGGCCGUCGCCGCCCCCGCCGUCGUCAAGGCCGCGGUGCCCGUCGCCGCCCCCGUCGUCGCCGCCGCCCCCGUCUUCGCCGCCCACGCACCCCUCGCUCUUGGCCACGGCUACGGAUACGGCGGCUACCACGGCUAAGCUAACACCACCACCACCACCGGCAGGCACCGGGCCCGACUUCUUCAUCACGAGGCAUUACUAUUUAAAUAAAAAGCAUCACACAUAAGCUACAAA